AUGACACACUCGCCGGCGUCGAUGAUGCCCAUCGUCUUUGCUUCCCCAGAACAUACAGAGCUCGCACAAUAUCUCAGGCCUUCCAUUUCCUACGAGCUAUGGAAUCCGAACGGCUCCCGUUUGGAAUCCGCGACUACUAACUUUGGUUCCCUGAAAUGGGAGAACUGGCUCCUUUGGUCGCUGACCUGGACUGUGUUCCGGGCUGGUUGCGAUGAGGAAUGGGAUAAGGGCCCUGCUUCUUAUUAUGGCGGCUACCGCAGAUUCGAAAGCUCCUCGCCGACUGUUAUCUUUAACAUCAAGAAUGGUGCGCAGGAGGUGGAUCUCGUUGCCGCGAAGGCCGACGACACCUGUCCUGCGGAACUAGGGGUUGCCAUCAACGUCACCGAUGAAACCAGGGAGGCUCCCAGCUGGGUGCUCCUGAGCGACUAUGAGUAG